GGUGCUGAGCUGUGCUGCCGGGGGAUGGCGAAUUUAUGAAGAGGUUGCCAUGGACAGUGGCGAUAAGAGAAAUCUAGAUUAUCUUUACUGUGAACUUUUGGAACAGGACAGUUUUGUUUCUCCAGCGAGGUCUGAAAGUGAAACAUCUGUGGAUAUCUACGAUGGUCUGGACGUUAGCCAUAAUGGAGGAGGGCAGUCUACUUCACAUGAAGCUACAGGAGAGAAUAGACCAGCUAGGAACUGUUUCGAUCUGUAUGAGGAGAUUCUCACUGAAGAGAGGACAGCAAAGGAAACCUCCUUCAAAGAGUUUCAGGAAAAGUUCAAGGAACGAGAGAAACAAGUCGGAGAGCUGAUGAAAAAAAUGCAAGAAUUACAAACUCAGAACUCCACCUUGGCGAAUGAAAACAUCCAGCUGAAGAAAAACAUGUCAGCACUUAUCAAAACUGCUCGUCUGGAAGUUGUCCGCAAGGAUGAAGAAAUCAAUCGGCUGAACCGGAGAGAGUCCAUGAAUUGGAUUGGUCAACGCGGUCAUUCCAAUCUUCCUCCUGGAUCGUUCAAUGUUCCAGCUUCACCACAGACUGCAAAAGGCCUGCAUCCUGGUAAACUUCGUCCUUGUCCCUCCAGACCUGGAAAUGUUGAACCGAGCCCGGCAACUGCUUGUUUGAACAAAGUGGGUAAAUGUUUGCCAACUGAGCCGCAUAAAGCAGAGACUAAUGUUUCAGAAUCCAAAAGAAAAUGGUGUUUACGAAAAAGCACAUCAUCUCUUUCCAACCCUCUGCUGCCUCUAUGCAGUGACCUUCCACUUAGGUCUCCGGCACAUCAAGACAAUGUUCCACCUCAGCUAAAAAUCCCAGGUGUGGAUGCAAUGGGACCUUUUCCUUUUGAGGCGAGAGUAGUGGUGGAGAAAAUAAACAUCCAAAACUCUGGUAGAUGUACAAAUGUUGGAAAGGCAAAUGGCUGCAUCAUUGAUCUGCCAAGCAUUGGAAAUAAGAAUAAAGAAGUUGAUAUUCUGGCAGAGAUUGAUAAAGUUGAACAACUUUGCCAGAGAACAAAACUGCGUUCUGAAAUGAGAAGCCUGGUAAGACACAACCCGGAGAAAAGAGACCAGAUUGGGAAUCACUUUAGUCAGGACACUUCCAAAGGCAGUCCAGAGAUGAGAGACAAGAGAACAUCUGCAGAGAAGGAAGAAAAGCAUAAAGACAAAGAAGAAAAGCAUAAAGACAAAGAGGCAAAGAGAAGUGAUGCCAGACCAAAAGAGCUGAAAACAGACAGGAAAAAAGAUCGGCAAAGUGAUCAGGAAGACAGUAAAAAUAAGCCAAGGGACCACCGUGCGAGAAGUCGGCUGCAUGAAAAGGACAGGGAACCAGAAAGACGAAAAUCUGAAAAAAUGAGAGAAUCGCUUAAACGGGUGUCUCCUCUGAGCCCUCGGAAAAGCAGUAGAGGAGUCGUGAGCACAGAAAGGGAGCACACUUCCAGAGAGAGGCGAGAGCGAAAGGUUGCGAGCGAGAACUCAAGAAAGGAGAUUCGGAACCCCAAAGGGGACAGAGACCAAAAGAGUAAGUGUUCAAAUCGGAAUGAACGAGGCGCUGAGAGCACCAAUGAGAAUGGUAAAAGAAGUGUUGGAAAUGACCGAAAUCUAAAAAGGGAAGAAAGUAAACCGCAGGAAAAAGAUAAAUGCGAGCGUAAAGAUGAUCGAAGAGACCACAGCCAUGGCGGGCAUUGUACAAGAGAUGGAAAAGAUGUUACAAGAAGAGAGACAGAGGAGAGAGGAGGGAAAGACAGAACAAGGUUGGCUGACAGCAGUGAGGAGAUGUCGGAAGAAUCUCAAGCAGUUGACUCAAAGAAAGAAAGGUCACAUGUAAAUGGCACAGAUAACUUGCAAACUCCAGCAAUUACAUAUAGUCUAUCAAAAUCUACAGAUCCUAAAUUGCAGUUCAUGGAAACUUUGCAACUAACAGUUUCUCCUGUAAAGCAGCCAUCAUCUGUGGCUUGUGAAGUGAAUCUUGAAAAGCAGUGCAGCCAUGAAGCUGGGGGCGAGGAGGCUGCAGAAAUGAAUUCUUGCUUGUCUGCUGAGCCCAACUUCAAUUCCAAGCAGCUUUUUGAGACAGUUGAAGAAACUGAAGCAGAGGAGACAAUUUGCCAAGCUGUUAGGUCACCAGUGGAGACUUCUGAGAUUCAAGCUUCUCAAACGGAUUUGAUAGGGGACAAAUCAGUAAUUCCUUCUUGCUCACAACCUCAAUGGGAUGAAGAAGAAGAGAAUAACCUGAAAGUUGGUUUGGAGGAGAGCGCGCCACUUUGGACUGUACUCUCCGAAUGCACUGCAGAUGACCCCGAAAUGUUACCUGAAGUUGUCGUAGAGACCAUUGGAACUGUGGAAGUUAUCAGCGAAGAGCUUUCUCCAGUUAAUGGAAAUUCAGAGGUGAUAGAAAUUGGCAGUGCUGUCACUGGAGACCAGGCACAACCCAUAAAAGAACAUGAAUUGGUCAAUUGUGACAAUGGCGGUGAAGUUGCUGAAAAAUCGGAACUCUUUAUGGAAGUGGACCUGGUUCCCGGCAUUGAGAGAGAGCUCGGAGAGAGCUCGGAGCAACCAGCAGAAAUCAACACCAACGUUGCUGAUGGAAAGCUUGAAGCUUCAGAUAUAUCUUUAGAUGUACGUGGGCCCGCUGAUGAAAAAUGGGCCCCAAAUAUAGAACCAGAUUCUACCAGCUGUGAACUGCAGCAGAUGAAUAUCUAUGUAGAAGUGGCUUCAAAAACUGUGACUAAAACUCCGGUUAAUAGCGAUUACGUGCCCUACGAACAGGAAGAAAAUUCCAUUCAGAGCAUUGACUUCAAUUACAUUGGGCACAUCCCUGACCCCAUCAGUCCACUAACCAGUCCCCUGCGUCCUGUAAAACCUUUAGCACUGGAGAGCUUGUGUGCACCGCCUGCUAUCAACUUUGAGCACAAAGAUUCUGUACCUGAAGUGCAAGAGGGUAAUGGCUCAAGGAGCUGCGCUUUGGAGUUAAACAAAGAAAAUUGUCAGCCAGUGUGUAACCCGGGAGGGAAGGCUUUGGGGAAUUCUUCCGAAGAAUCUUUGCCCGAAGAACUGGAGGAAGGAGAAAUUGUAAGUGACGAAGAGGAGUGUACACCUGCCACACAAAAAUCUGGGUGUAACAUUCAGGCCCCAAAAGGGAGUGAUAGCCAAGAGAAGAGUAAGCCAAGCAACAACCCACAUAAGAAGAGAUCUAUGAAUCAUGACAAGCCAACUACAAAGUCGAUUGUUAAGUGCUCUCCCACUGAGCACUCGACCAAAACUAAGGAGGCAAAUAGAGGAGAUGAAUCGAAUAAGAUGAACUCCAGGUUAUCGGAUCAAAAGAGCGAACGGCCAAAGCGUUUGGCCUCCCCGAGGAGUUCUGUGGAGAGAAAUCAGGUUAAAUCUGCAGUGUCCGUCUUAAUGGAAUCAUUAACGGUCACUCGGAAGAAUAUCCGGACGAGGUACAUGAAGCUACAUAAGCAGUUUGAAAUCCGCAGUUUUCAAAGGAUUAUUGAAAUUGCCUUUGCAGAGUUCACAUCCAUUGUGAAACAGACAGAUUUUCCACAGUCUCGCCAGCAUCUGAAGUCCUGCAUCUGUGUAGCAAUUAAGACUAUGCUGUCCCAGGUAAAAUGCAAUGGAAUAGUUAGCAGUAUUUUCUCACAGCAGGCCCCAAACAUGAAGGAGAAGUUGUGGAUAUUUGUAGAAAAGCAGUUGGAUUUCAUGUUUGACAAGGUGCGUGAAACUUUCAUCUCGUGUGACAGUAUAAAUGUAGAACUGGCUCUGGAGGAGAAAAAGAAGAGUGAGAGAAUAGGCAGAAAGCGGAAGAGAGACACAAUUCUCGAACACUUGAACAAAAAAGUAGACCGUAAAUUGCCAAACCCGCAAGUGUCCUCCUCAUCUUCAAAGUCAUUUGUUAAGCAUAACAUACCCAAUAAAAAGAGCUCUGGGAAAACCAAACCAGUUAAUGAGCAUACUAAAGGGAAAGGGAAAGGAAGCGAAGUCGUGAAGAAGCAUUCUAAAAAAAUUGUGGAUAUUUCAGGUGAUGGUACCACAAAUGGAGGAGAAUCCAAAGUAUGCUCUCCAAAAGAACCAAAUGGUCUGUCAAUCAUCAAUGCAAACCCUCCCAGCGAUGCAAACCCUCCCAGCGAUGCACAGAUAAUUUUGAGUUCCACAAAGGAUUCCCAUGAUAAAGCUGAACUGGGAAUCUUGACUGAACAGCAGACCUCCACGCUCACAUUUAACCUGGUGAGCGAUGCUCAGAUGGGUGAAAUAUUUAAGUGUUUGUUACAAGGCGCAGAUUUUUUGGACCAAGGCAUUUCGACAUUGGAGUGUAAUUCCUGGUCGACUCCGGAAAAGAUCACAUCUGCCAAUGCUAUGCAAGACUUGGCUGGCAUUGAUUCUACUCCAGAUAAAACUCCAUUGAUGCCUCAGGGGGAUAGUCUAUCCUGGGCUCCUGUUACACCAAAUAAACAUGAAGUUGCCAUACCACCACCUCUGGAUCCAGAUAUUUUGGAUGAAAGCUGCAUGAUGGAAAUUCCUGAUACUGUUGAGCAAGCCAAAGAUGAUAUUGUGGUCAACUUGCAGGAAGACUGCAAUGGCCAAAAGAUUCCUGAAAACAGUUGCAUCAGACAGAUGCGAUCCUCUCUUUCCUCCAUUCUGAUGGAGGAUCUGGCUGUUUCUCUCACAGUCCCUUCACCCCUGAAGUCAGACGGACAGAUUAGCUUUCUAACCUCUCAGGAUGCAGAGACUUUGUGCGACAUGAGGACUGAUGCUAUACUGUCAGCGAACUACUGUGAAAAUGCACUCCUUGAAGAAGAGGAUGCUUCAGAGCAGGACAUACACCUGACUCUGGAUUCGGAUAAUUCCAGCAGCGGAUCGAGCAGCUCCUCAAUGUGGAACAUCCCGCUCCCGUCCUCCACUUUGCAGCACUUGCUCCACUCCCCAAUGCAGGCGGUGGUAAUGGAGAAAUCGAACGAUCAUUUUAUUGUCAAAAUAAGGUGUCGGCCGCCCAGCUCUAACGAUGUUCAGCAGGGUUCUCCUGUCUCAGCGCUGGUGAAAGAGGGUCAAGGAGCUCAACUGGAGCUGAGCGCUGUGUGUGGCUCAGAGACAGUUGGUGAGGAGGUGGCAGUGCCCUGCAGAGAUGUGGAAGUGGUGCAUAGUGAUUGGCAGUGCCCGCUUGAACAACCACAAGAGUUGCCUAGUUCCUUGACUGAUGGCAUGUGCGAGCCAGAGUCGGAUUCAGAUGCAGGCGCAAAGACACCUGGUUCACACGAACGGCGCGUGUCAGAAACAGAAGAUCACAAGCGUCCUGAGGUGCCAGGCAAGGCCUGUGAUAAAUUGAAAGAAGCUGACGAAGCUGUCACUGCAUCUCCUGGUGACGUGACUGUGGUGGAACGACAUGAUGACCUUGGUUCAAGCAACAGGAAAAGGAAAAACAGUGAGAAGGUAGAUCCCUUUGCAAAAAAGUCACGGGAGCAAGACAAGCUUAUAAAAAGCAAUAAGAAAACAAGGAAAGCUAAAGAAAUCAGCAGCAAAAGAAAUUCAGGAAAGAGAACUCCAUGCAAAGCUGCUGUUACUCCAGAAAAAAAUGUGAAUGGAUCUAGUCAGUCAUCUGUCUCAUCUCCAACAAGCCUCCCUGCUAAGAACGUUAUUAAGAAGAAUGGUGCAGUUGUGGUAAUGUGGACCAGGGAGAAUGAUCGAGCCAUACUAUUGGAUUGUCAACAAAAGGGGGCAAAUGAAACAACAUUCAGUUACCUAGCUACCUCAUUGAAUAGGUCCCCACGUCAGGUCUCCGAAAGAUUCUACCGUUUAAUGAAAUUAUUCAAAAAAUCAGAAAGCAUGAACAGCUGAAAACGUGCGUCUUAUGGAUUGUAUGUGCGUUGUUUGCUGAAGACACUCAAAUAGUUCUGGAAAAGAGAGCAUUAAAGUUUCAACACAAAUUACAACCCAAAAGCUUUAAAUCAAUAGUUUAAUUGAUUCAAUCUCCUACCAAGAUGUAGAGAAAAUAUUUGAAAUGGCUCACUUGUACAAAGGGAAGUCAAUGGAAUGUGACCAUUGAUAACUUUGCACCAGAAUAAAUGAAACACGACAAACUCUUUCAUGUUUUAAACAAUAGGACUUGGUUUACUCCUGCGCUCAUCAGUUUAAGAAAACAAUGGUGAAUAUAAAUUCAAUAGUUCUUUUUAAAUGCAUAUAUUUGUUAUCAUUUUUUGCAGUUUUAUCCCCACAAAAGCAUCUGCAUUUACAGGCAUCCACCAGGAAUUUACAGUAUGUCCACUGAGCUAUGUUGUUCAUUAACGAUCGAGUAUAUGUAAUUUGUACAUAGAGUUAUUGUUCAGACGGUUUAUAUUUUUUAUGUGUAUAUUUGAAGAUUGGUUCAGACCUUGUUUUUGAACUUGUACACCAUUCUGACCCGUUUUUACAGUGUUGCUCAAUAGAAUGUUGUAAAUUUGUCUAUAUUAUAAAAACAAGUUUUUGAAGUUGCAACAGUGUUAAUGUAUGUUUCAAAAGUUGAACAUUAAGUGUAAUUUAUUUUUGCUGGGUUUCAAUGUGAGAAGUAAAAAGACAUUUUUAAUUUCUGUAUUCUGUAUUUUUGUAUCAUGUCUAGGAAAGACAUGUAGGAUACUCUGCUCAUUUCAGUUUUCUUGUAAUGGUUACUGAUAAUCGAAUUUGAAACAUAUUGCAGUUAGAUUGGUUAAUUUGGUUUCAUAUACUUAAAGAAAAUUUAUAAUCAUUUAAUUGAAAUAUGUAAAUUAUAAUUUGUUUUGGCUGGCGCUGGAAGAUGUAUUUUCUCUACUUGCUGGCAUUUUUAGAAAGGAUAGCAAUUUAACGAAGGCUAAAUGUGAGGUGUUUAUCAUGCGUUCCUGACUGCUCAUUGGGAAAUGAACUUGCCAAAUUUUGUUUUUUAACCUGACUUUGAAUGGUGAUGUAGAGGUAAACUGCAAGUCACUCAUUUGUAUUUCUCCAUCAAGUGACCUUAGGUCCCUGAUCUGGUAGCAAUAGAUUGGAAUUGGAUGUUGAACUUUUCAGUGAAGGGACAGGGAGCACCAUUUAAUGGUUUAAAAAAAACUUCUAAAAUCUUGACUCUUGUAGUAACAUUCCAGGACAAGAUGCUGAAGUGUUCUUAUUCUCAUACAUAUCUAGAAAUAUUAAUUUUAGAAAUGCUCACUGCUAUGAAGGAUACCUUCCUCUACAAUGUUCUGCUGGAGUAGUCAAUGAUCUAGUUUUUGCCAAUCAAUGCCUAUUUUUCUGAACAUUUUCUGCCAUUAGUGCUGUGACUCAUCUCAACCAAAUUUAUUUUGUUUACGUUUUUAAACCUUUAAAAUGUUGCUGACAUUUUGACAGAAGUCUCUAUACCUGAGGCUACAUUCUAAUAUUCCCAAUGUUCCUCUCCCUGAAAGCAAUUUGAGGGGAGCCAAUUUUGCUGAGAGGAACAAUCUUGUAUUUCAGUCCAAAAACCUCCAAAUAUAAAAAAUAUAGGGUUUUAAAGUUGUCUGAAUGUUAGAGAAAUAAAUAGAUGGACUUUUGGCACAGUAUUAUUUAAGUGUAGAAUGAGCAUAUAUGAUGCAGCUGAUAACCUAUUGCCUAUUAAGGCCUGAUGGUACAUCAUAAAAUGAAUGAUAGUGUUAAAUUACUGAACUGCAAAUGUAGAAAUUUCAUUUGCAUGAAUAUUGGAUCAACUUUUUAAAAGAACAUUGUCUUAAAAGGCUCAAUGUAGAUAUUUGCUCAAUUGGUAAAUGCCUGAUAUGGUAUGGAGUUGUCAUAAUCCUUGCAUUUGAUAUAGCGCCUUAUCACAUCUUUGACGA